AUGGGUGACUCGCUGACACUGAAGGAUGGCUACAAGAGACUUAAAAACUCAGGGCAAAAGAAAAAUAAAAAUUCUCGGGAAAAAAAGAGAGGACGUAGCUCUUUCCUGUACCCACAACCACAACAGCAGAAUAAAAAUUCUCUAGGAUUCCUGUACCCACAACAACCACAACAGCAGAAUGUUCCACAGACCACAACAAUAACAGGCCCAAAGAAACAUACUCGUAUUUCUAGUAACUCAUGGAUCCGAUGGGAGAUGGAGAACCACCAUUUGGAGGCAUGCAAUUUAUCACAGAAACUCUUGCAGUUUCUUCAACAGCAAAUUCUGGACUUCGGUGUGAUUGCACACUGA